GAAGGGGCAGAGGGAGAGGUGAUCCAUAUGGGCGUCCCGGUGAGAUUCCUGAGCAAAUCGACCCUGGGAGAGGAAGGUCAUACAUGCGGAGUGAAAGUUGGGAAGAGGGGCGAGCUGAAAAGCGUUUCGAACGUACUGGGUACGUGGUUGGUAGGCCUGCAGAAGCUGAAACAGACCCGACAUCCCCACGUCGAGAGUACUCUCGAUCCAUGUCGGACAAUUGGCGUUCGUCGAAACAGAUUGAAGUGGAGAAGCGUGCGAGUGCUUCAAGUAGUACAACUAGUAGUUUAGGUGGUGGGGACACAGUGGUCGAGGAGGACAACGGUGGUGAUUGGAGACGUGCUACUUCCAAGUCACAUGACAAAUGGGCUUCACGGAACUGGCGAGACCGAACCAGAAACAACUCAGAUGACCGGUUCAAUCCAGUGCAAGAGGAGCAACGGUCAUACCGGCGCCAGCGGAGUAGCAGUUCGUAUGACGAUGACCUUGAACCCGACGGAGUGCCAGAAUGGAGCACGAUGGACGCAGAUGACAUGGAUGUUUUGGGAACGUUCGAUUCAAGUGGUGCUUUUAUGUCCAUGAGGGAUGCAAUGGCAUUAAAGGAGGAAGAAGACCGAGAGGAGCGGUGGCGUAGGGACAGCAGAGGGAGUAGUGGAUCGAAUGAUGAGAGGAGACACUCAAAUAACUCAACUAAUGGUGCUAUGAAUAAAUCUGAUACAGAAGGGAUACCCGAUGACCGGCCAUCCAGUGAUAAACCGUCUGCCAAGGAUAAUGAGCUGUCUGAGGCCAUGGAAAAGGUAGAUCCAGUACAGGCAGAACAAAAGAUGGAAAAACCACAGAAAAAAUCAAAACAAAAAGUGGAGACACUGAAUAAUAACGAUCAUAGUGUUAGUUGUUCCGUGAGGAACCAGGACUCAAUUCGUGCGCAAAAAACGCCCGAGCCUGAACCUCAGAGGGAGCAACCGCAGCCUGUACAAAAUGGAUCUACAAAGUCGCCAGCGCCCCCUGUGGAGCCUGAGCAAAUCCGACCGGAAGAGAAUGAUCAUGUCUCUGGCCCUCCGCCACAGCUGACGCAGAUGCAUCAACGGGCACCAGGGCAGAGGCGGCCAGAAGAUGAAAUCAGUUUUGAUCACUUGGAGACGGCGGCAGAAGAGAUGGUUGCAAACUGGACUGCUGAGGAGGAUGCGAAAUCUGACGGCAAACUCAAGGUAGAGAGUGGCGCCCUCCCAUGGGAACAUGAUGACGCCAAGAGAUGGUUCUAUCGUGAUCCUCAGGGGGAGCUGCAAGGUCCAUUUAACUGCAACGAGAUGGCGGACUGGUUUAGUGCAGGGUAUUUCACGAUGAAUCUGCUAGUCAAGCGAGGCUGUGAUGAUCGAUUUCAACCUUUGGGUGAAAUCAUAAAACGGUGGGGAAGAGUGCCAUUUCUUCCAGGUUCUUCUCCACCACCCCUGGUACAUACUCCGGUGAGCCAACCGGGGCCAGUCGUGGUUGCGCAGGUCACCAAAGAUCAGCCGCAACCACAACCAGCACAGAAUCCCCCGAUGGAUCCUCAAGUGAUGCUGAUGUUCCAACAGCAACUCUUUCAGCAACAGUUCUAUCUUAGACAACUUCAGCUACUGCAGCAGGUUCAGCAGAACGAACGUUGCUCCAAACUUCCGCCCGAACAACAGCAAGCACUUGUCCUGCAAUUGCUGAUGAAACAUCAACAACAACAACAGUUGGCGGCACAGGCACAACAACACCAACAACAUGUCCAACUGCCACCAGGACAAUUGCCACAACAACAACCACAGAAAAUAUCUCCAAGGUCCACGCCAGACCAACAAGUCAAUACGCCCAACUUCCAGAAUAACCCAGCUGAUUUGGCUGCCAUGAUGAAUCAGAACCUCCAAGGCCAAGCACAAGGAGCGAACCAACCCGCCGCUGGUGCUUGGAUGCAGCAGUCAAGUGUUUGGGAUUUGCCUGGAGAUUCUGCAGCCAAGCAACAAGCGAUGGAAGAGUUUGCCAGGAUGGAGAAUCAGAAAGAACAGAAAGGCAACGAGCAACGUGAAGCAGAAAUGCGUGCUCAGAAACAAAAAGAGGAAGUGGAUGAACACAAGCAGCGUCAUGAGCAGGAGAUGAUGGCACGACAACAGGAAGAACUCAAGCGACAGGAGGAGCAGGUGCGGAGGCAGCAGGAGGAGCAGGCGCGCAGGCAGCAGGAGGAGAUGCAGAGACGGGAGGAAGAGAUGAGGAGGCAGCAGGAGAUGGACAGGCAAAGACAGAUGGAGCUGCAACAGCAGCAGGAGGAGGAAACUCGUAGACGCCGUGAGGAUGAAGAUCGGCGCCGCCAAGAGGAGGAGAUGCGGCAGCGACAGCAGGAGAUGGAGCAACGCCAACGUGAGAUCGAGCAACAACAGCAGAUGGAGCGCCAGCGCGAGAUGGAGCGUCAGAUGAAAGAGGCGCAGCGACAGGAGGAGAUGGAGAGAAGAAGCCAAGAGGAGAUGCAGAGAAGGAAGGCUGAGAUUGAACUGGAUGUGCAGCGCCAGCAGGAGAUACAGAGAAGACAGGAGAUGCAGCGGCAACAAGAGAUUCAUCACCAACAACAAGAGGCCCUCCGUCGUCUUCAGCAACAGCAGCUUGCUCAGAUACAACUGCCUUCCACUGCCCAGUGGGGUAGCCAGACGAGUUCUGGUUCUCAACAACCCACCAAUACUAUGUCCCUGGCACAAAUACAACAGCUUCAAGAGGAGAAAGAACGCAAUGAGAGAGAGGAGCAACAGCGUCAGAUAGAAAUUCAACGGCAGCAGAUCCAGGCGUUUCAGCAACAACAGCAACAACAACAGCCGAAGAAAUGGGGCAAUUCGCCACGGAUUCAGGACAUGAACGUUCUUGCCAACUGUCUUCCUGAGGGUAUGGUGAAUGCUGCGGCUCCUCCCACACAACACAAGACACUGAUGGAGAUUCAAGAGGAACAAGCCAGGCAGCUAGAGAAGGAGAAGAUGAAGCAACAACAACAACAACAACAGAAUAAGGCGGCAGUCCCGUUGGCCACUGCUGCAGUGUGGGGUGGUACGACCAACUCGUCUCAUUGGGCACAAGAAGGUGCAUGGGGUCAGGCCGCCAAGCAGCAGGGUCUCAGCUUCUGGGAUGAAGCUGUCAAGACGAGCAAGAAUAAAGUUCAAGCUAAUAACCAGCCGUUCCCUGCUUUGAAUAAACCCACCAACACUGCCAACAAUCAGAUUAACAAGAAGACGGCCAAGACACAGAGAGAGGAGGAGAAUAUCCAGAGGUUGUUCCAGGAGCGUUUGCCUACUGGCAACGAUGACUUCAGCCAGUGGUGCGAGUCAGCCUUGCAUGGCAUGGGAGCCUCUGUAGACAUCCCAACAUUUGUCACUUUUCUCUGCGAAGUUGACUCUCCAUAUGAGGUCCACGAUUAUGUGCGAUCAUAUUUGGGUGAGAGCCGUGAAGCGAGUAACUUUGCCAAGAUGUUUAUUGAGAAGAGGAGCAAAAGCCGUAACCACCACAGGCCAGUGGAGGAGGAUUCAAUGUGGGGCCCGGCACCGGCCGUCAACCCCAACCUCAGCAAGGUCGGCGGGCAAGUCCCUGGUGACUUUCAAAUGGUCGGCGCAGCCAAUAAGAAGGCAAAGAAGAAGAUGCAGAAACUCGACAACAGCAUCUUGGGAUUCACAGUUCACGCUAACCCUGAUCGCAUCAACGCUGGCGAGAUUGAAAUGUGUGACUAAAUCCAUUAUGACAUUUUUGUGCAAGGUUUUUUGUUCGACGCAAAAAAUUUGUUCAUUGAAUUUUAUCAAGUCUUUUCUUCUUUGUAAUAUCUGCUUGUUUCAGCAUGUGCUCUCAGCUCCUAAAUGGUCCUAGCCAAAUUCCUGUCCUGUAUCAGGCAGAUGGGCAGCCAUCUUAGAUUUUGUGAUCAUAUGCUGUGGCCAUCUUGAUUUUCUGUCCACAGUGCAUCUACAGUACAUCUACAGUACAUCUAGGACCGUUGCACAGUAUAACUUAAAUUUAGGGUUAUCUUGUUUGCAGAAAAUUUCACCCCGGUUUCAUUUCUGAUUUAGGAAAAAGUUGAGAGAAAGAUUUGAUUAAAUUCGGCUGAAUGCCCUUAAUAGUGUUGGUGAAAAUCUUGCCAAAAGAAUAUAAUGUACAGCAGAGUUGAUAUUAUGAAAAUACUGUUUGUAAAUUGGAAUCUUUAACUCUUGGUGUGGUCUGCUUUUGGAUGAUUUGAAUGCAGAAUAGGGUUGUCAGUUUCGUGUCAGCUUGCCCUAAGCUCUCUCUUUUACCAAUUUGGUUGAUGAAUCUGUUGCCGAUUUGGCUGAUGAGGUGAGGGCAAGUUUGACCAAGUUGGGUUGAGGCAGAACACAUGUAUCAUGUUGUAUGAAAAGUUUCUGAAAAAUCACAGGAAUUUCGAAAUUUGACCUCCUUAUGUACAACUGUUUUCCAUAAAUCAUCAACUUGGCGUUGGGACAAAAAAGCGCCGUCCGGUGUGAUAUUUUGUGUAGGAAAUGUUUGAUUGCGAUCGAAAGACAUGAUCGUCUGUGCCAUGAUUUCAAAGUUUUUGUGAUUUUCAGAAAAUGUCUUUAAAAGUAGUUUGUAGUGGGUUCAAGCCAUGGGUCUCUGAACCUCAGUAAUGAAACUUUAUCUAUUCCCUAUUCAGAAAUAGGGAUGUACUGAAAAAAACUGCUGGUUAACAGAAAAUCUUUUUCUUCUUGGAGUUAGUGGCAGCACAGACAGAAACUUCCAUCUCAUCGAGCCGUCAUGGACCCCACCCAGGCAUGAAAUAUAUUAUCAAUUCCAGAUCCACAGGUUUGGCCCCUGCAUGGGAUCUUUUAAGACCUCAUUGUGAAAAGAUUUCAUAUCUGAACUCAAUAGCAGUAGCUGGACAAGAUAUUUGGAGUGAUGUUCGAAUAAAUUACAAAGAAUUUGUGCUUCCUGCUAUAUGUAUAUUCCGGAAGUUUGUCCUGCAGAGAUAAGUCAGGUCACUCUGUGUUGUGAAAUCUGUCAGUCUCUGUGUGGCUAAUAUUUUAUUUUACAAAGCAGAUAUCAUUGAGGAGAUCUCUUGACUUGAGCUGUAAUGAGGAAGAACGGAAAUUACUGGCAGCUGUGAACAUUGUGUAGUUUGCUGUGUGUGUGUCUAGAGAGUUACUUGGGUUACAGCUUGACAUUCACGCAAAUUUUCUACUGACUGUCCACUUUCAGAUGCUUCGAAAUUCAGACAACUGUUAAUGAUUUCCACAACUCCUCAUUUCAUCGGCACACCUUUAAACUUCAAGCAGAUGGCUCUAAAUGUGAUCGUAGAUUGCACCACAUGUAUUUCCUAAAUUCUGUUGGAUUUCUCGGUGAGGGCUUUAAAACCAUGUUUGAUUUUUCAGCUUGUUGAAACAAGAGGGUCUCCAACAUAUGAACUGUCAAAAAAAUGUGCUAUUGUCCACUUCCCCGAUUGUCAUAUGAAAUAUCUACCGGCAGUUGAUUAAAAUAUUUGACUAAAAGGGGUUUACAUGUAACUACUUUGCAUGUACAGGGGUUUACACGUCUAGGACCACCCAGUAUGUAUUUUCCAUAAGGUUGUAGUUUUUGACAUUCUGUUCAUAAAUCAAAGUGAUUUCAUGAAUUGGUUGCAUAUUUUUGCAGAAUUCUCUUUGUGAAAGUUGUCGGUUGUGUCUGUUCAUGUUGGUGAUAUUUUUUUCGAAGUUUUGAAUAAUAUUUUGAACUGCUGUAUUACAGUAAGUAAUGGGGUGUACAUAUUUUAUUUUCUUGAAUUUUUUGCUGCUGUGGUGGAGCCAUACCAUGGGUGGUCCUGAUUGGUGGUUUUAUGUUAAAAUCCAGCACAUUUCUCACUUAAAAUUUUUCUAAACAAAUUUUUCAAAAAUAUGUGAACUGCUACAGCCAAGUGUGAACACACCAAUGCAAAUUUCUCUGCUGUAUUUCACAUGCUGUUGGUCACUACAGCGUGAAAUGUAUACCAGUACUCCAUUAUCCAUGAAAUCUACUUCCAUAGUACCAAUUCACAUUGGUGUGAACUGCUACAGUAUAGACCACAGCAUCCUUGACAGGCCUUACUGUAUUUCGCACCGAUGGACUGUGCUCUCAUGAGAACCUGAACUGCUACAGCUGGUACAGCUAGCUGUUAUAUCAGAUUAUCAUUAUCUUAGCUAAGGAACGUCAUGGUCUCCUAGUUCUGUACUAGUGGGUCAUAAAUUGCAUGCAAUGCAUAAAACCUUUUUCUUUGGUAGUUUGGGACACUUUGGACGGCAUCCAUUAUAAGUCGUGAAUAAAAUCAUUUGGGACUAGGUACACGGUUUGGCAACCUCAAUCUGAAAAGACUUGCUAGAAUGACGGACGUCUUGAAAAGUUUACUUUAAAGUUUCUUGUCCAAAAAGUUGAAAAUUGGAACAGUGAUCACUGACAGCUUAUGUUACAUAUCUAUUUUUCUAGUUUUGAACUCUCAGUUUUACGCAAAAGAUGAUAAUCCCAAGGGCAGUUAAAGCAAAAUCAAUUGAUUUCCUCCGGGUGCUCCGGUUUCCUCCUUCUUAAAAUGCCCUUGUUAAACUUAAGAGAACUUGAUUACUGAUUUUCUAAAGAGAACCAAAUUUAAGCUCUGUUGAAAUUAUAAUGAAAGAGAAGUGAUUAUACAGCUUGCUGUACACUACUCGUGUGGACAGCUGUAUUUCACGCUCAUAGACUGCUGUAUGUGCACAUGUGAACUGCUACAGCUGUUAUCUUCAUGAUGUGUUCACACUAAACGCUGUAUUUCGCAUAAAAGAUAUUAAAAGCCUCCCUCGUCUCAACCCCCCUAAGAUUAUUCACUCGACCUCCAUGAGGAUUAUUUACUAUAAACAGCAUUAAGUUCGUGUGAUGCGUCAUAUUGGCCUAGCUCCAUGUGUCUAUGAAAAAUUUUCAUUGAGUAUGUAUGCAGGGACCACCCCUCUCUCCCCUACCCUCACCCAUGAUAGAACUGCCUGUUCAGCAGACUGAACAUGAUAUGACGUUCAGGCAUACACCGUACAGAAGUGACUGAAAGAUCCUUCACCAAUAUUUCUUGCAUAGAUACUUCGUGAAAGUCUUUGGCCUGUCCCUGACUGCAUUUCCAAUGGUCAUGUCUCUUAGAAUAUUCUUAUGAUUGCUUUCAGGUUUUACUAAACAGGCCAUUCAGUGACUGUCGACAACUUUAUCAUUUAUUUCUGCAUUUGGCGAGCUAUAAAUGACCUGCCAUUCUUAGUUUGGCAUUUUUAGCUUGUCUCCACUCAGAUAAUGGUUGUGACGAGUUGGUACUAGGUUUUGUAUCAUUCCUAAAAAACAUUGGGAGUUGAUGACAGUCUUAUAACAUAUUAAUGGUAAUGUUCCUCUUGAAAUGAGGCUGGCCAUGAAAGCGACGUAUUUGUUGAACUUCUACCAAUAUUACACCCACCACUUGUUCAAUUGAAAUUGUAUUGAAUUAAUACUUUUGAGUUGAUGAACGAAUAUUGGCUGAUAUUGAACAUCUUGUAGCAUUCAAAUGUUAACAUUCUGGGGGAUUGCGUGAAAUUUUCAAGUUGCGAUUAAUAUAGACAUUGUCAGUCAUUGGUCAUGUUUCAGAUAUGAGCAGUUCCACCCUUUCAGGAUCAAUGCCUGGUUGAGUUGGGUUACUAGGAUUGACAUUGGCUGACUUAUUGGGUCCUUGCUGGCGUCUGGUCUUGGUUUCCAUGCUGAGAAUGCUCCAGUAAUCAGAUGUGACCUAGUAGCCCGCAUUGACUAGACAAGUGGCACCUUUUUGUCCCCAUAGUGGAGCUCUACAGAUACUGAAGCUUGUCAGGGAAGUUAGUUGCUGUCCAAAUCUGUUUUACAUUCACCAUGCCCUGCCAUGUCAAGUGACCAUGUUGCAGCAGAGUGUGCACAUUCUUGAGCCAGUUCCUGGUGAUAAUGGGGCAUUCCUGAAAUGUCUGUGAAAAUGAGCUGUCUUUGGCUAUUCAGAAUUAAGGGUGGACAUACCUGAUUAUCAACAUGGUUGUUGUAGCUGUUAGUGCAGUCCUGAUGGAAGUAAAGCAGAUUUUGCAAUCAUUUUUUGGGCUGGCCUGAUUUGACAACGCAUCAAAUGUACAAACAUUGCAUUGUAUGUUGUCACAAUAUUUUGUGCACGACACCCUUGCUGCAGGAAUGGUGGCAGGCUGAAAAAGUUGUCGUGAAAUAAUCCGCUUUCCGAGAUUGAAAUUAAGCGCUGCGAUGCUCGUAUGGAGGUCUCGCUAUUUCAAACGGAGAGUUCAAUCUUUUUCUUGUAUUGCCGCCUGUUUUCUGUGUAGAUAUCAAAUUUUAAGAACUUGUCAUUUCUGCAGCAAGUUUGUUGUUUUUUGUUAGGAAAAUGACCCCUGCUUUGACUUGAAUGUUAUAAGGAAUAAAAGCUUGUUUGUUUAUUUG